CAAGGGCUGUGUCAGAAAGUGAGAUACUUCAGCAGCAGACAUCACUGACAACAAGAGGGUGGACAAAGACAGAGAUACCCAUCAUACAAAAUGGCGGAUUCCCUGGUGGUGUGUGAUGUAGACACAAGUCUCAUAGAAAAGCUGAAAAAAUUCAGAUUCCGCAAAGAAACAAGUAACUCUGCCAUCCUGAUGAAAAUUGAUAAAGAGAAGCAGCUAGUGGUCUUGGAGGAGGAGUAUGAUGAUAUCUCCCUAGAGGAUUUGAGAAAUGAACUCCCAGAGCGACAGCCAAGAUUCAUUGUUUACAGUUAUAAGUAUGUCCAUGCAGAUGGCAGAAUUUCCUACCCUUUGUGCUUUAUCUUCUCAAGUCCUGUGGGUUGCAAGCCAGAGCAGCAAAUGAUGUAUGCAGGCAGUAAGAACAGACUGGUCCAGGCUGCAGAGUUGACAAAGGUAUUUGAGACCCGGAAUGCUGAUGACCUCUCUGAAGAAUGGCUUAAAGAGAAACUCUCCUUUUUCCGUUAAAUGGAUAUUGA